AUGGGAAGGCCCAAUGUACGUAGAUCUCUCAAGGGUGAGUGCAAUAGUGCUGGCCCAUUUGUCUGUGGGAAGAUCUGGACAUUUAAAAGUGCUUCUCCAGGAGGUAUCAUCGGCCUAGAGACGGAUCUCAAGCAAGCUGUCAUCUACAGAACCCACCAGAUCCGCGGCCUUUUCCUGGCCUUCAGCUACAGGGUGCCUAUGGCCACUGAAAGAGCUGACGUUCGCCUCGCCACCCUCAGAGCACCUUAUUCUCCGUCUCUGCACCGAUCACAGCUUGACUUGCAUUCGUGUGGAUGCCAGAUACUCCACAAAUAUGUCUUCGACGAGCGUUUCUGGGCCCGACUGCAGGUACCUAUCCCCCCGGGACGGCCUCGGCCGGCUCCCGCCCCGCGACCCCACCGGGGAUUAAAUCCCCGCCCACCAACGGCCUGGCGAGGCGAGGUGGGGCGGGCGAGGCGAGGCGGGGCGGGCAAGGCGCGGCGGGCAGGGCGCGGCGGGGCGCUCUCGCGCGGACGGUUCUCCCGCUCCCGUGGGCGCGGCCCCGAGAGGGGGAAACCGGGGAGCGGGCGGGUGCGACGCGUGGCCGCGGAUGGGCCAAUGAGCGCCGGCGCACGGUGGCGGGCGGGCGGGCCUCGCGGCCGGGGGCUGGAGGACGCUAACCGGAGGCCGGCCGGACAGACUGACGCUCGGCCUCAACGACGGAGGCGCGCGGCGGGGAUGGCGCUGGCGCGGGCCUGGAAACAAAUGUCCUGGUUCUACUACCAGUAUCUGCUGGUCACGGCGCUCUACAUGCUGGAGCCCUGGGAGCGGACUGUGUUCAAUUCCAUGCUGGUUUCCGUUGUGGGGAUGGCCCUGUACACAGGCUAUGUCUUCAUGCCUCAGCACAUCAUGGCGAUACUGCACUACUUCGAGAUUGUGCAGUGACCAAGAUGUGACCAGAACUGAGCGGCUCCUUGGGGAAGAACCACCCUCUGCAGUUGGAAUGAAACCUCAUCAGCUGUCAUAAGAAACUCUACUAGAUGUCAACAUAACCAACCCUAUGAAUAUAAAGACUAAAAUUCAUGAGUAGAACAGGAACAUAAUCCUGACUCAUGUGUUGUGUUCUUUAUUUUUAAUUUUAAAAGAGGCUCUUGUAUAGUAGUUUUUGUCUAUUUUAACAUUGUAGUCAUUUGUACUUUGAUAUCAGUAUUUUCUUAACCUUUGUGACUGUUUCAAUAUUACCCUGUGAAAGCUUUUCUUAAUGUAACUUUGAGUACAUUUUAAUUGCCUUCUAUUUCUAAAACCCAAAGUCAUUAGUUGGGCUAGUUCUUGCUAUUGUAUGGCACAUACAUCUGCCUGGAUCUAUUUCUACUCUUGACCAAAGUUUUGUAAGAAACAAUACAGGAUUUGGGGCAGGGGGGCUGGGGAGGGAGGAUAUUUUAUUGAGAACUAUUUACAAAAGACUUACCUGUAAGUUUGAACUCAGGAGUACAGUUUUAGCUCUCUAGGCUCUACUCUUAACAGCUUUUGCUUUAAAACUAUUUAAGUAUUUCUUAACAAUGAAAAAGAAAGAUCUUGCUAAAGUUCAAAUAAGGAACAUUUCACCUUUUAAAUAUUUAUUUCUUAUGUGGACUCAUUUCCAGAAAACUUUGGUGAUGGUUCUUAUGACAAAAGGUGGUUAAAUAGCAUUAUUAUGUAAUGCUUAUAUACCAUAGAGUUUUUAGAAGAAAGUAAAUCAGUUUCCUCUGAGGCUUAUUAAGUAACAAUGUACUUCCUUAAAUUUAAUUUUCAUGAUUGUAAUGGGUGCUGCACAUGCAUUUGCACAUUGCAAUAAGAUGAGAUGAAUUGUUAAAAACUAUAGCAAAAAGAAAUGUAAACUUGGUUAAAAUCCUUUCACUCUUUGUAUUUUUUUUUAAAGAUUUUUAUUCCUUAAAUGUAAAAUGACUACCUAAUUUUUUGAUGUAAACUCAUUAAAUUCAAAGAAAAA